AUGUUGCACAUUUCACAUCUGCUGCAAUUGUACCUGGAGCAGGAUGCUGGAAUUCACCACAGAAAACGUGAUGGAAAAUCCCGACGACAAGGGUCCAGCCAAAAAAGCUGCCGUUUCUUAGGCGUGGAAAUUUGCCCCGAGCUCGUGUGGGAGGACUGGGAUCUGGGAAAAGAGUUCACCAAGACAUUAGUGUUAAAGAACAUCCAUAACAAGCUGCAGAAGUUACAUAUACGACCUCCAGUUUCCAAGUUUUUCUCUGCCAUGAUCCCUGAAAUGCUUGUCCUCAGCCCAGGGACUUCUGUCUCAAUACCCGUCACUUUUAUGCCUCUGCAAAGGUGUGACUAUGAGGACAGCAUCGAGUUUUGUGGUAAAGCCGGCAAGUUCCAGAUAUUCCUCAAUGCCACCAUUCCCUGCCAUGCCUUGGAGGUGCCUGACUCGGUGAUGCUCCCUCUCUGCGCCGUCCAACACUCCACACACACAAGUUUUGAACUGAAAAAUGCAAGUAAACUCCACACUUAUUACCAGUGGGAGUGCACAGGGGCAUUUCAGCUGAGCCCAGAGCAGGGCCUGCUGAAACCUGGCCAGGAGUGUCCCAUUACGGUGGUCUUCCGGCCACAAGAGGCACUUGUGUACCAGCAGCUGGCUUACUGUAGAUUUGGGGAAGAAGCAGACAAGUUGGAGAGCCGCUGUGCUGUGCUUCUUCAGGCACUAGCCAAAUACCCAUGUCUUGAAUUGAGAAGCCCCAGCAACAAAGAUGAGGAACAACACAAUACUUCAGUGCUGAGCUUUGGCUCUGUGGCAGUGGGACAGUCUUUGGGGAGAUAUUUUGACAUCUUCAAUCCAUCUCCGGUAGCUGCGUGUUUUUCGUUAACUCGGCUGUCCGGUGGGGUACCCUUGUUUGGAUCAGAGUUCUGCUGUGACAUAACAGAGGGUAAAGUGGGACCUGGCGAGUCACUACGGGUCACAGUCACCUUUUCACCUGCUGUGGUGGAUGCUGUCUCUGUGGAGCACUUGACCCUAAAAUGUAGCGGGGCACUCAGUGAGCCUCGGCUCACACUGACUGGAAGUUGCAUAGGUCCCGAAGUUUCCUUAUCUUCAACUGUGGUAGACUUUGGAUGCAUUGAGGAAGGUGGAUCAGUUGAAAAGACAGUGGAGCUGGUCAAUUCUUCUGCUGCUGAAGCUAUAUACCAGUGGGAUAUUGACUGCAGUGGGAACGGUGUUUUUAGCAUCCUACCAGCAAGUGGCACUGUCCUCCCACACAGCCGCUGCACACUGAAGGCAGUCUACAGGCCGACACAGCCAAAUGCACACCGCAGGAAGGUCGCAUGUCUGGUAGUGCACAAGGAUUCUGUGUGUAUUGACCUGAUUGGUACCUGCCACUCAGAGCUCCAGCAGCCAGUCAUACUAAAACCCGAACACUUGGUCCCCGACAAACUCCACUGGUCUCACAGGCAGCACUUUCCAAAUGCUGGUAGUGCCCCACUGCAAGAUCACAGCAUGAACUUGGAUCAAGAGCUUUCGCACCAAAGUUCGGAUGGCCCUGCAGUUAUGUUCCCCAUGGACGAGUUGGAGUGUGUGGAUCCUGUGCUUGCUUCUCUGUCUUCUCCACCCGUCUCUGCGGUGCCGACUGAACUGUUGUUUAAUCACAAAAUGACGACAUCUGUUUCUGCUUCGUCUGCUUUCUCACAGCCUGUCUCCAUUACCAAUCACACCAAACGGGAACUCGGUUUAGUGUGGACUCUUACCAAAGAUUCCUCAUUCUCUAUAAGUCCCUCGUCUUCUCACCUAGCUCCACUGAAGUCAACCUCAUUCAGAGUGUCGUAUCACCCCAAACAGCCGAAUAGCCUGCAUGGCGCACAGCUGGAGUGCUUUGUGUACUGCAAGGUAGAGCGUCUUGAUGUCGAUAAACAACUGCAAUAUCCCUUCUGGUGUCUGACUGUCAGAGUUAUAGGUCAUUCGUUCCAGUCAGGAAAAGAGCACUUCAUCCCACGCUGCUCCCUGAAGCCACCUCAAGUGGUGUUUCCAGCUCUCAGUGUCACUCCCUAUCAAACUGUGCUUCUUAAAAAUGAAGGGGAUCUGCCCCUCACGUUCUGCCUGGACUACAGCUCAAUCCCAGCCUUAAUAGAAUCCGUAUUGGUGGUACCAAGCUGUGGUUUGAUCCAGCCGGGGCAUCACCAAAUCCUUGCACUCAGAACAACUCCAGUAGAAGACUGUCCCACACAGACGUUCAACCUACAACUGCAGCUUAAUGGAGCUAAUUUCACAAAGGAGCUGACAGUUGUCGAUGUGGUGGAAAAGCCAUGCGUGUCUCUGGAAGGUGGCACCACUGUAUAUUUCCAGCCAACAGCUGUGGGCUCACAAACCCAGAACUCCCAUCACAUCAGGAACCUUCAUCGCCUGCCCGUCAGCUUCCAGUGGAGCAUUCCAGAGCGAGAACAGGAGCUUAUCUUUGUUGAACCACACGCUGGUGAACUGCAUCCCAAUGAGAGCUCAGUCCAGACAUGGUCUUUCAGCCCACUAGAAAAUAAAACAUACACACUGAAACCUGUUCUCUAUUUCUGGCCACUCCAGAGCGAUGGCUCAAACAAGUCACACAUUUCCCUGACAGCGGUUGGGACAGGCUGCGAGGGCAUCUUAGAGGCAGAAAAAGCACUUCUGGAUGUGGGGGAGAUUCUGGUCGGAAGCUGUCGGCUGAUCGAAGUUCCUCUGUUGAACAACAGCCCCUGUCCCGUCUCCUUCCUUCUCUCCGUCAAGCAGACGCUUCUCAGUGAUGAACAAAUUCAUCAUCCUGACGCUGAACCAAGUGCUCUCCAUUUAGACCUUGAAAGGGGAACCAUUUCCUCACUCUCCACAAUGCAACUCCGAUCCACUGUCAGACCACACAGACGAACCCGGUACCUCUGGACAAUCAACUACCAGAUAAUCAGUGUCAGCGGCUUUGCCUUGUCUCCUCCUCAGACACUGUGUGAAGUGCAGGCAAAAGGAGUGUUUCCUACCCUACAGGUGACCGACGGGUGGAGUAGUGGCUCUGCCAGCAUACUCAGCAAGCUGCGUCUGUGGAAACUCUUCUCACUGGACAGCUUCAAUGAACACUUGCUGUCCAGCCCCUCUCCUGCAGAACUCACUUUCAAAACCCCAACGAGGCACAGUCUGAGCAGCAGUCCUUCCACCUUCACCGAAGCAGUGUUGGAUUUCAACUUUAGUUCUGCUCCAGUACAUUCAGAACCUACAAGUGUUGUGUUGAUGCUUCACAACCCCGGUUCUAUCCCUGUGGACUGGGCAUUCUUGUUUCCAGAGGACCAGCAGAUAGAGCUUGAAUACUGGGCAAUGACAGGCGAGUUCAGCAGCACAGAGCUCUACCAAAUGAAGGUGCAGGACAAUCAGCUGUUCAGUGUUUCUCCUCGCUCUGCUACUCUGCUCCCGGGCCAGAAGAGGGCAGUCCACUUCAGCUACAGUCAUAAUUUUACUGGGGUAGAUCGGUUUCCUGUUGUCUUAAAGCUUUCCUAUGGCAGAGAGAUCUUGUUGAACUUCCAAGGAGUGACAGUUGAGAGAGAUCAACCAUAUCUCCACUUUGCCUCCACUCAACAUUCCUUCACCUCUGUUUAUAUUGAGGACUGUAGUCCUCCGAGGCAGGUGUAUGAAAUACACAAUGGAGGUGCAGUGCCAGUCCAUUAUGAGGUGGACACUGGUGUGUUGUCUCAACUCCAGAAUGACAACUUUAAUCAUCCGGUAUUGUGCUGCCUCAGUCCAGAGGGAGAAGUCCUUCCUGGGAAGACGGCCAUGCUGGAAUUUAUCUUUUCUCCACCAGAAGCUAGAAUGUAUCAAAUGGAUGUUCCUAUCCAUGUACAAGGUGGAACCUCCACACUGGUGAGGUUUGAGGGAUGUGGGCUUGCUAUGUCCUCAGUCUCUUUGAAACCCAGUGAUGGCAAGACUUCCUUCAUCCCUUUCCACAGGGUUCCCUUUCCAGGACAGGCAUUAUUUCUGUCCGAGGACAGCAUCCUACUUGGCGAUAUCCCUGUGAACACAACAUUUUCGAGAAUCAUCUUCCUCACCAAUGUGUCCCACACGGACUCUCUCCACUAUGAGUGGGACCUGCAGCAGCAGAUUAACCAGCAGGUGUUGCAAAUCCAUCCUGACCGAGGUCGGCUCUGUCCAAGGGAGUGUGCCCUUUGUGUCUUGACCUUUACUUCCUCUGACUACCCCACUGUUUAUCAGCUUGACCUCAUCUGUCAGGUUUUUCUAGAAGCUGCUCUUGUGCGGUUUCAACAUGAUUUACAGUGCUGGGAGGAAGAAAGAGACAGACAGCAGGAGGAUUCACUGCUCACUGACAAAAACACCACAGAAAGCCAAAAAGUCCUAUUAGAUGAGGAACUUCUGGCAGCUCCUUUAAGAAAAGGGCCGCCCCUCAGAAAAUACAAGACUCUUCCUCCUAUCCGUGCCAGCAGCAGUUGUGAAACGCUGGGUAGCCUUCAUCAAAACCUAACACGAGCCGAUCGCCGGCUUCUGCGGGAAAAAGCGAAAGUAUGGAGGCGUCCUGAACCUCCCCGAGCCACGAUGUUGCAUCUGGAGGUGUCGGCACACUCCCAUGGGAUUCAGCAAUACCUGGCACUCUUCUCUGACCAGCCCAGUAAACACUUCAGGUGCCGCCAGUUUAAAACCCCUGCUGAGCCACUUCCACCAUCACCUGUCCCUGAGGAAGACCUCAUUGCACAGUUACUCACCUCUCUGCUGAGAGACAUACUUGAUGAUUCAGCCUUUGUCGAACACCUCAUUACUUUGCCUUCCAAACCUGACAUCCACCAGCUGUCCGCUCACCGCCCUCCACUUCCAUCCUCCCCCCGUCCUGCUGUGCGUCCCACCUCUUCUCCUCCACCUCCGUCCCAACCAAUGGUCCCACUCGCUGGGAAAGCCGACAGGAAAGACACGACAGGGCGCUCAGGACACGGUGCUCAGACACGAAAGAUGGAACGCGCUCCCGCUGACAUUUGUGAAGACGUCUUGAUGAACGCCAUCCAGAACCUGAUGAUGGAAGCUGUCCGAGGAGAGCUCGUCUUCGCAACGGACCACCGCAACAUCAACCCGCCACCUGCUUCUAUCAGAAGCAGAAAGGAGGUGUUGCAGGAGGAAGGAGCUCCAAAAGGCGUGAAAGAAGCAUCACACACUUGA